AUGCAGCAGCUCAACUGCUCCAGUAGUUGCCAACUCACUGAUGAUUUUCCAAUUUGUGUAGCCGUUUGUGCUAUAUUGGGGCUGGGCUUUGUGCUGGGGGUCCCUGGGAAUCUAUCAGUGCUGGUGAUUCUCAUCAAACGCUUGAAGGAGAACAACUUCACCAUCAGGAUGAUGCUGAGCCUGGCGGUGUCGGACCUGUUGAUUUUACUUCAGCUGCCGGUGUGGAUGUGGGCUGUUCUGCAUGGCUGGGUCUUCACUUCUACAGCGUGCAAGAUCAUCUCCUAUGUUGAAUACUGGUGCAUCUACUGUAGCGCAUUUUGCGUGACUUUGAUGAGUGUUCAGAGAUACAUGCAUGUGCUGCAUCAUCAUAAAUGGGCUAAACUUGGAACCAGACGAGAGAACGGCCUUUUGUGUGGAAUAUGGAUCCUGAGUGGAGUGUUCACUUUAUAUGCUCCAGUUCAGCGUGAUGUAGGAUGUGAGCAAUAUGGAUUUCUGUACUGUUACCAACAGUUUAGGAACAAGACAGAGCAAGUAGCCACAUUACUAUUUGAAAUACUGCUAUUUGUGAUCUGCUUCUUCUUGCUGUUUUACUUCUACUAUCGUCUCUACCGAGGGGUUAAUGAGUCACCUUUCUCUAGCAGCAACAGAAUGACAAAGCUGGUGACGAGAAUCGUUGUGGCAUUCUUCAUCUUCAAUUUCCUGGUUCCCGUUGCCAACAUCUUAAUUAUCAUUGCAAUUUUUCUUAAUAAUCAGAAUUUUUACAAACAUGCAGACCUUUGUGGCAAUGUAGCCAGAGCUCUGACAUUUCUGAACAGCUGUGUGAAUCCUUUUCUGUACACAUUCUCUCUUAGAGGGCUGCAGAGGGACUGA